CAAGUCGCGUCAGCUGCAGGCUGGCUAUUUUAUUUUCGUUUCAGUGUUUUGAAUUUGAUUGGUAUUGUCCUUGUUAUUAGCGUUUGAAGAGAACGAGAAAUAAUAUUGCGUUAAGAUCAAACAGGACUGAUCAGAAACAUAGCCAUGAAUUGGAUACUUUUCGUCUUCGUAGUUCUCUACGUGAGUGUUGAAAAUGCUCGACUGACGCAAGGGUAUCAUCAUAAUAAUGAACAGGACUGGGAUAUCCUGAUAUUUACGCAGCAAUGGCCAGAGACUGUUUGCAAAGAGUGGAUUCAUAAUAAGCCGUCUCACUCUUGCGUAAUGCCUAAACAACCGGACUCCUGGAGUAUCCACGGUGUCUGGCCGACCAAGUUCGGGACGAAAGGACCUGGUUUCUGCAACCGUACAUGGCUCUUUGACCCUGAACAGGUCAAGCCUAUUGAGACACAGCUAUUAGAGAAGUGGACUAAUAUAGAAGGCAAUACUGGAGAGUACUCACUAUGGGCCCAUGAAUGGAACAAACACGGCACAUGUGCUGCUGUUCUAGAGCCACUGAACUCAGAACUCAAGUACUUCUCUCAAGGUCUCUCUUGGGGUGAAACAUACAGCAUGUCCACUAUUUUAGCAAAUUCUGGUAUUGUACCAGAUGAUGAAAAACUAUACACUCUUACAGCUAUCCAUAAUGUUUUGGUUGUAAGUUUGGGAGUCAACCCUUCUAUUCAAUGUAGACACGAAGAUGGUAAAACUUACUUAGUGGAGAUUCGUGUUUGCUUUAACAAAAACCUUACAUUACACGACUGUGAUGGCAUCGACCGCAAUAUAGAUGUUGAAGGCUAUGGCAACAUUAUAAGUAAUUGUAAUCCAGCUGAGGGUAUAUUGUAUCCACACAAUAAAUGGCCACAAAAGAGGAUUUACGUACAGUUGUACAAAUUAGUCUCUUGGGUCCAGUGGCUAACACUGUAAAAUACUUCAAGUAAAUAUAUUUGAAGUGAAUGCAAAUUGAUUUUAAUUGCCAGUUAACAAUUAAUAUUUUGUACAGCUGAUAACAGCACAUACUACAUUUCUAUUUCAAAAACAUCCUUAUUACAACUAUGUAAUACAUAAGUUUUUCGUUUGAAAUGCUGGGCAAUACACGAGAAACAAAUAAUUGUCAGUACCUAUGUAGUAAAUAUUUACAUGAUGGUAGGAUAAAUUCAUGAAAUACUACAUGAUUAAAUUAAUAUAUUGAGUAGUUUC